UCAUUCGAAUCCAGUAUUAGUGCGGUGUAGAGUGCUCGGUGUUUUGUAAUCCACUUAUUCGAAUUGUUCUCUUUCUCUCUCUCUCUCUCUCUCUCUUCCUCUCUUUUUCUCUUUCUCUUUCUUUCUCUCUGUCUAUUUUUUUCCUUUUCUCGCGCAACUACGAUCGAUUAGUGUGUAAAAAUGCCUUUCAAGCCGGUGGAACACCCAAAAUGCCCUAAAUGUGGCAAGUCCGUUUAUGCUGCGGAAGAACGAGUUGCCGGUGGACAGAAAUGGCACAAAACGUGCUUCAAGUGCGGUCUUUGCGGUAAAGCGCUCGAUUCGACAAACUGUUCCGAGCACGAGGGCGAGCUGUACUGCAAAAUCUGCCACGGCCGCAAGUUCGGCCCUAAGGGCUACGGCUUCGGUGGCGGAGCUGGCUGUCUCUCCACGGACCAGGGCGAGCAUCUUCAAGCGAAGAGCGAGGAAUUUUCACGAGGAUCGAACGCCGUCUUAGAGCCACGUGCCAUCGCGAAGGCGCCCGAAGGAGAGGGAUGUCCUCGUUGCGGAGGGUACGUUUACGCCGCGGAGCAGAUGUUAGCUCGUGGAAGGGUUUACCAUAAACUGUGCUUCAAGUGCAAAUUGUGUCGGCGGACUCUGGAUUCUACGCUUCAUUGCGACGGUCCCGAUCGCGAGAUAUAUUGUCGAGCUUGCUAUCCGAAGAAAUUCGGUCCGCGGGGUAUCGGCCACGCUGGGGUUAUGUGGAUCGGGCUGCAGUGCGAUAUUGAGGACAAGGGCGAUGCGGCUCCGCGCACCACCGUGAUCGACACCGCCGUGAUCAAGGCCCCGCCGGGCAAGGGUUGUCCCCGCUGCGGCGGCGUCGUCUUCGCCGCCGAGCAGGUGCUCGCCAAGGGCCGCGAGUGGCACCGGAAGUGCUACAAGUGCCGUGACUGCACCAAGACCUUGGACUCGAUCAUCGCCUGCGACGGCCCGGACCGGGACGUCUACUGCAAGACCUGCUACGGGAAGAAGUGGGGACCGCACGGAUACGGAUUCGCGUGUGGCUCGGGAUUCCUCCAGACCGACGGACUCACGGAGGAUGAGAUUUCGGCCAAUCGACCUUACUACAAUCCCGAUACGACCUCGAUUAAGGCGCCAGCUGGACAGGGCUGCCCCCGUUGUGGCGGCAUGGUGUUCGCCGCGGAGCAACAGCUCGCCAAGGGCACCAUGUGGCACAAAAAGUGCUUCAAUUGCGCCGAAUGUCACCGACCUUUGGACUCGAUGCUAGCAUGCGACGGUCCCGACAAGGAGAUCCACUGCCGCGCCUGCUACGGAAAGCUCUUCGGGCCCAAAGGCUUCGGAUUCGGCCACAGGCCGACUCUCGUCUCGACUAACGGGGAUCACGCUCCUUCCUACAUCGACGCCAAGCCACAGGUUGGUCAGAAGCGAAACGACGGGCACGGUUGCUCGCGCUGCGGCUACCCGGUGUACGCCGCCGAGCAGAUGAUCUCGAAGAACCGCGUGUGGCACAAACGAUGCUUCAGCUGCGGCGAGUGCCACCGUUCCUUGGACUCGACGAACCUGAACGACGGCCCGGACGGGGACAUCUACUGCCGCGGCUGCUACAACCGAAACUUCGGGCCCAAGGGCGUAGGCUUCGGCAUGGGCGCGGGCACCCUCACGAUGGCCUAAUUCAUGGGUCUGCGCCGCUCCAAAAGAACCCUCGCGAUCCAGUCUUAUAUAUCAAUGUAAAUACAUAAAUAUAUAUUUAUACAGGCCGCCCCAAAACUGUCGCGCGAUACUUCAAUAGCGUAUUCUGGAGUUUAAUUGGAAUCGAAAGUCCUAACGACGAAAGUGCCGGAGGAGAUCUUCGUUUGUCGCGACUCUUCAAUCUUUUAACACUGUAUACCUUCGUAACUAAGCUUUUAGUUGGUUAGAAUUUUCUUCAAGUACACUCCACUUGAAAUUAAAUAGAAAAAUUAGCGAAAAAAGUUAGCUGAAAGAAACAAGCUAAGAAAAUUAGCUUAAAAAAAAAUAAUUUCCUUAUUUACCUGGCCUGCUGAAGUUCCUUUCUUCGGCUUAUGUGUUAAGAUUUACACGGCUUCUCAGUCGAGCUCCAGAAUAUACUGAUAAAGAAUCGUGCGAUAGUUUUGGGGUAUCCUGUAUACAGGCGUCUGACUGUAUAUCUGACGACAGACGAACACGCUGCUCCGGGAAUUUCGAUUUCUCCUUUCUUAGCUUACGACGAUUCGAUGAUGUCGAUGACUUCGCCCCCCGUUACAACGAACGGCGCGGUAGGCGCGGAUGACGACGCGGACUCCGGUUGAUUUUACGGUCGAUCGACCGCGCACGGACGAGUCGACGCGAGAUCGCCGAUAAUUCAUCGUGAUAUGAGAUCGCGCUCGUAUCGAUCGUGUUACGGAUCAAUUAGUCAUUCGGCUAAUUAGCAACCUAUUAGUCCGCAACGUAAAUCAUCGUCUGGCUUGAAGGUGUCGCAUUAAUGACGACGCAGCUCGAGCUCACUCUGCAAAAUGAACAAAGUUUCGGCAUUAAGCAGACAGGAGAAUGCGACGUGGAGGUUUAAAGAGAGAAAAGUGAUCCACGCCGUGAUCUCCGAUCACCCGAUCGCAGCAAAUCAUCGCGAAGAUUUAUCGACGAUCUGUCGACUCGCUCCCGCGCUCAACCGGAUCCGCUCUCUCGUCCAGUCGUCGCGAUCACUUGCACUAGGUUACCGCGAAAAUUUCACCGGGACUCGUGGGUCGUGAGAACAACAGCUCGCUAGCCAAAUCCGCAAGGUAAUUUCGCUUGCGGUCCGGUCGACGACGAUCUGCGGGUUCUCUCUGCGAGUUUCGCAGCAGCCUGGAUGAUGAUCCCCGACGACGACCUACGCGCGAACGAUUAAUCUGAUGACAAGCAAUUACGAACGUACGAAUAUGUUUUGUUAUUUUUCUCCUUUCUUCCUUUCUUUCUUUCUCUCUCUCUCUCUUUUUUUUAUUUUCGAUCGACGAAUUGGAGAUUACGACCGCGAAGAUCGUCCCGCGAGAUGUCAGUCUUGAAAGAGAUGGAAAAGCCAGAGAAUCAAAUAAGUCUUCGAAAUCACAUUCAAUUUGGCCGGAAUCUGACCCGAAAAGUUUCCAAUUCUUUUUUUUAAAUUUUGUAGAAAGGUUGAAUAUUGAAUGUUUGAGCCGGCGUUGAAAAGCAUAUUUCGAUCCCCGUCGGCGAAGAGAAUCGCCAAGUAGACGUUUCGCAUCGGUGGUUUCUCACGAUUUAGCCUCCUUGAUUGUGAAUGCUAUUGGGAAAUAAAUACGUAAGACUCUAGGAGAUGUUUCUCUGUCUCUUAGAAUAAUACGAUAACGCGAGGUAGAAUGCAUCGUAAAGAUGCUUGCUCGUUAACUAUUUCGCGUGACAAUUCGAAAUUAAACAAUGGCAAUCGUAAGAUUUCCACCACAUAUGAGUAUCAUUCAUCCGGUUUCAAUUUCGGGAGACAAAACACGGAAGAUUUCGAGAUCGGCAGCGCAAUGAUUUUAUCAUUGGCAUCGAUUACACGUCGCACGUCCGCGGACGAUAUAAGCAGAUAAAUACGAAUAAAAAUCUACUUAACCGGGCUACGACCAGCAGCAACGAUCUAACCGACGACAAGACGAGAAACUAAUUUAAUUAUGAUUUUCAAUAAAUGUAUACUUGAAGA